CAGGAAAUGCUUUAGCAAAGUCAAAGAUAUUUUUGUUGUUCCUCUUUUGGUUGAGAUUCUUGUUUGGCCUUAUUUAUAUGAUUUUGAUGUAAAGAAUGUCUAGAUAUCGGGAACAGAUACAUCAAAUGCUAACUGUAGUUUGUUGGGUAGAAAUUGAAGAAAGUCAAAACUGACGGCCUUUUUUGUGCUCAGAGUUUCAGCCAGUGGCAGUGACAGCCUACAUUAUCUACCGUCCAUUGGUACAAACCCCUUCCUCGUGAAUAAAUAUACACAAAAAUGGAAACAACUGAUGUAAACAGUGUUGAUCAGUGUACUUUGUGUGGUAAAACCUUUCAACAAUCCGAUGAAUUUGAAAACCACAAAAAAGGGCAUCUGAAAGAAGAGAAAACUGAAGAUGAAUAUGGUCCAAUACAAUUAGAGACAAAGCAUAGGGAUGAAACUGAAGUAACGAAAUCGGACGCUGAUUGUAAAAGGUCUGUUAAAGAAGACGAGUCAACAGAAAACACGGACGAAAGAAAUAAAGUCGCGGAGACGAACUUGCUUCCGACGUCUUCAAUAAAAACUUUUGAAUGUGAUGUUUGUGGUAAAUCAUUUAAUAAAAGUAGUAAGUUGGCAGCCCAUGCUUCUGUUCAUUCUGGUGAUAAGCCUUUUAGUUGUGGUGUGUGUGCUAAAGCUUUCAGUAAACAGAAUAACCUUCAAAAACACAUGCGGAUUCAUACGGGCGACAAACCAUAUAAGUGUGAUGUUUGUGGUAAAGCAUUUAUCGAUGUUCAUAAUCUACGCAAGCAUAAUAUAGUUCACACGGGGGAGAAACCCUUUCAAUGCGGCGUUUGUCAGAAAACUUUUAACGAAAAGGGCAACUUAAUGACCCACAUGAGAAUACACACAGGGCACAGACCCCAUAAAUGUGAAAUUUGCGAUAGAUCGUUCACGGAUCGGGGUAAUUUACAGAGACACACAAGAACGCAUACAGGUGAGAAGCCGUAUCAGUGCGAUUUCUGCGGGAAGUCGUUUGCUCAGAGCAACGAACUUAAUACCCAUACUAGAACCCACACGGGAGUUAAACCAUUUUCAUGCACCAUUUGUAGUCGAUCGUUCAGCGAGAAUUGUAGUUUAAGGUCCCAUUUGAGAAUUCACACCGGUGAAAGACCCUAUGAAUGUGAAAUAUGUGCCAAGACCUUUAUUGACAAACGAAAUCUACAGAGACACAAAAGAACCCACACGGGUGAAAAACCCUAUAAAUGUGAUGUUUGUAACAGAUCAUUUAACGACAAGGGAAAUCAACUGAGGCAUAUCCGAACUCAUACUGGCGAGAAACGCCAUAAAUGUGAUGUUUGCGGUAAAUCUUUCACGGAAAAGAGUAAUCAGCUUAGACACUUCAGAACCCAUACGGGUGAAAAACCAUUUAACUGUGGAUUCUGUAGUAAAUCAUUUACAAGGAAUGAAUAUUUACAGGAUCACAUCAGAACUCAUCAUGAUGAAAAAACAUCAUAGUAGGUUAUAGUAGCGAGAUGAAAUGAAAUGGGGUUUAACGUCCACUCAACACAAAGUAUGUCAUCUUGGGACUAACACAUGGUUCACAUCAGAACUCAUCAUGAUGAAAAAACAUCAUAGUAGGUUAUAGUAGCGAGAUGAAAUGAAAUGGGGUUUAACGUCCACUCAACACAAAGUAUGUCAUCUUGGGACUAACACAUGGUUCACAUCAGAACUCAUCAUGAUGAAAAAACAUCAUAGUAGGUUAUAGUAGCGAGAUGAAAUGAAAUGGGGUUUAACGUCCACUCAACACAAAGUAUGUCAUCUUGGGACUAACACAAAACUCAUCAUGAUGAAAAAACAUCAUAGUAGGUUAUAGUAGCGCGAUGAAAUGAAAUGGGGUUUAACGUCCACUCAACACAAAGUAUGUCAUCUUGGGACUAACACAUGGUUCAAUAUUUAUUUCAAUAAUUCGCUUGCGCCUAGGGGUCUCGAGCACUGGGAGGAAACCAGAGGACCCAGAGAAAACCCACAAGAUUGGACAGGCAACCCUACUCCUUGUCAUGUACAACCGGGAAUUUAUAGUAGUGAAAUGAAAUGACUGGGCUAAUGAAGAUGGACAUAUGAUUGGCUAUACAGUGUGCUAUGAGGAAAAUUGUGUCCAUGAAUACUUGCAGGAUCACAUCAGAAGUUCAGAACUCAUCAUGACAAAAAAACAUGAAAUGUGGUUUAAAGGAGCUAAGUCGCUAAUAUUUAGGACCUAGAAAUUGACACAAAUGGGUUGCAACACAUAUAAUAAUGUAAUAUGAAUGUAUAUAAACUGAUUUACAUUAAAUCAUUUCUGUUUUACUGUAAUUUCUAAUCAGUUAUAUUCAGCGAAAUACGUCAGUCUUGAGCGAAUGGCAAUCUCUAGCGUCUUGUUAUUCCAUUCUACACCGAUAGCAUUUAUUGCGCAUGCUCUCCAGAUAAGAAUAUGACGUCACCAUUUGACAUGACUUGUGGAAUAUACCUAGCCUCGUUUUUCGAGUCCCUUGUUAUAAAUGACGCUGAAAAGCAUUAUGGUAUACGAUUUGUGUACCAAUGCUAAAAUGUUUAUUUUGUCUUGAAUAUUGGAUAUCUGAAGCCCAUAUUUUUCCGGUACGAUCACAACAUCAAUGUGGAUUUAAAUUGACAAAUAAUUCGUGUUUUCAAUGUUGAAGAAUUUGGAUGAUAUUGUUUUAGAGACUUAGCUACUUUAACGUCCUAUUGUUCUGCUCUGACACUCCGACUGGCGGCUAAUGAAGAUGGACAUAUGCCAUACAGUGUGCAAUGAGGGAAAUUGUGUCCAUGAAUACUUGCAGGAUCACAUCAGAACUCAUCGUGACGAAAGAACAUUAUAUUAGUUUAUAAUAGUGAUUAGUUUAUAAUGGGGUUUAACUUCCUACUGUUCUGCUCCAACCUAGGUUAUGAAGACGGGCAUACACCAUACAGUGUGCUAUGAUGGAAAUUUUGCCCUGAAAUCGGCGUUAAGACCUACUCUUAGAUAGAGAGAGAGAGAGAGAAAUGGGGUUUAACGUCCACUCGACACAACCAGGUCAUUUCGGGACUAACAUAUGGUUUAAUUUUAUUUCAAUAAUUCGCUUGCGCGUAGAGGUCUUUAGCAGUGGGAGGAAACCGGAGUGCCCGGAGGAAACCCACGAGGUUGAGAAGGCGCCCCUAUCUCCAUGCCACAUACGCUCACACCAGGUACUCUUAGAUAAUGCAUCAUCAAUUAGAUGAUAUGAAAUGGGGUUUAAUGUCUUAAUGUUUUGCUCCUAUACUGGGCUAAUGAAGACAGACUUCAAUUAGAAAUUAAAUAAUAGUAAUGAUUUUAAUGACUGGAGUGAAUAUCCAGAAUUUUAGAUUACAUGUAACUAUAUUUUUGUGAUUUUAUGGUUUAGGAGUUAUGGUUUAUGUUUGACAUAUUGUUUAGAUAAAAUGAAAUGGGGUUCAACGUCCUUACUUUUCUGCACCGACUGGGCUAAUGAACGACAUUUUGCCCAGACAGCAGCACUCCAGACUACUCUUAUUUUGAAUUCUGUCUGGGAUUCUUUUGUGUACACAAGACCUUGGUUUUUGUCACAUCCGAACGAUUAGAUAUUGUUUCUCAACUUCAUUGUUAGGCCUGCACCAUUGACAAGGGGGGGAAACCACGCUGAAAAAUCCUGAGGAACUUUCUCGGUCAACACUGGGAGCGAACCCAAAACCUCUUACUCACUGAGUCACCACGGCUCCCAGGAACGUUGUCGUCUUGAUUAGGUGUAUAUUAGAGCAAUAA